CUGUAAAAUGUGACGAACUUAUUAUAUGUGCCGUAACCGGAAAACAGCAAUUUCUCCUUGUCUUUCCGUCGUCCACCGGAGUCUACAGCCCAUCAUAUAAAUAAAACCUGACCGCAGGCUGGGCAUCGAAGGCUGCUCCGCUUCUACUUCGUUGCCUUGCCUGCAAGCAGAGCCACCCAACUGCCUCCUUUCAUCCUCUGCUUCCUCUAACACUCUGUUGCGGUUUACCCAUUUCUUGAUCGUCGUUAAUGGCAGCGGCAAGCCAAGCAAGUCUGCUCCUUCAGAAACAGCUGAAAGAUCUCAGCAAGAAUCCGGUGGACGGAUUCUCUGCCGGCCUUGUAGAUGAUUCUAAUAUCUUUGAAUGGAGCGUGACCAUCAUUGGGCCGCCGGACACGCUCUAUGAUGGUGGUUAUUUCAAUGCAAUUAUGAGCUUCCCAGCCAACUAUCCUAAUAGUCCUCCGACGGUAAGGUUUACAUCUGCGAUGUGGCACCCGAAUGUUUACCCUGAUGGCCGUGUUUGUAUAUCAAUUCUUCAUGCCCCUGGGGAUGAUCCUAAUGGUUAUGAACUUGCAAGCGAACGUUGGACACCAGUACACACGGUUGAGAGCAUAGUUCUGAGUAUUAUUUCGAUGCUUUCAAGCCCCAAUGACGAGUCCCCAGCAAAUGUUGAAGCGGCGAAGGAUUGGAGAGAAAGGAGGGACGAAUUCAAAAAGAAAGUUAGGUUCAUCGUGAGGCGGUCCCAGGAGAUGUUCUAGGCAAACACAGAACACGGCAGCUGUGUGUUUGAAUGGCGAGCCUGGACAGGAGUGUUCAGAAGAGUGCAAAAGAGAGAAUUGCUGGGUGGGUUUUCUUGGUUUCUUUGAUUGUUUAUCAUCUUCAUAUGAAGAAGAAAUGCUUUCUCUCUUACUCACUUUGAUUGUAGAGAAAUUACUCUGUAUUUCUAUAAAGGUUGAUGAGUUCUGCUGCA